UAUACGUCGAGGGGUUCUGUUUACACCUGCACGCCGCAGUGUUUAUACAGUGGAGGGGGCUGCGCGUGGUUUGUGUGUAUGUGUCUGUGGGUCUCGUAUACGUCGAGGGGUUCUGUUUACACCAGCACGCCGCAGUAUUUAUACAGUGGAGGGGGCCGCGCGCCGUCAGUGUGUGUGAGCCAGUCGCGGGGUCUGGUGUGUCGCUGCUGUGCUGUCUUGCUACACUCGCACUCGCCGCUCGUCUCUAGCUCCCCGCUUCUCAGGUUGAUAGUGGAACAACCGGAGAGAUGACUACACUUGUGCACAACCUCAUUGACGGCUACCAUGACCUCAUGGACAACAAGAGUGAUCCCAGGGUGAACCACUGGGCCAUGAUGAGCUCGCCCUUCCCCACGUUAGGAAUAUGUCUCUUCUACGCUUAUUUCUCCAAGGUCCUGGGCCCCAGACUGAUGGAAAAUCGAAAGCCUUUUGACCUGCGACGAGUCCUUAUUUUCUACAAUUUAAUACAGACUGUGUUCAGCUCGUGGAUAUUCUACGAGUAUAUGAUGUCCGGCUGGUACGGACAUUACAGUUUCCGGUGUCAACCUGUUGAUUACUCCUACAGUCCAAUGGCUUUGAGAAUGGCAAACACAUGUUGGUGGUACUACUUUUCAAAGUUUACAGAAUUUUUUGAUACUCUGUUCUUCAUCUUACGUAAGAAGAAUGAGCAUGUUUCAACUCUGCAUGUGGUGCAUCACGGCUGCAUGCCUAUGAGCGUGUGGAUGGGCAUGAAGUUUGCCCCAGGUGGUCACAGCACAUUCUUUGCCUUGCUGAACACAUUUGUGCAUAUUGUCAUGUACUUCUACUAUAUGGUAGCUGCUAUGGGUCCUCAGUACCAGAAGUAUAUAUGGUGGAAGAAGUACCUUACCACCAUGCAAAUGGUCCAGUUUGUUAUGAUCUUCGCUCACCAGUUCCAGCUUCUGUUCAUUGAUUGCAACUACCCCAAGAGUUUUAUGGUCUGGAUUGGCCUCCACGGAGUCAUGUUCCUCUUUCUCUUCUCAGACUUCUACAAGACACGCUACUCAGGCAAGAAGCCGUCAAAGAAUGAGGGAGCUUGUAUGCCUGUCCUGAACAACAAACAAAAUGGAAAGAUAGCGAAUGGAAAGACUGCCCAUUAUACAAACGACUAUUCGGCCGUAUACUCGAGUUGUUACUCCAAUGGUGUAAACAACGGCUACAUGACCAGUAACGGCACACAUCCUCUCAACUCCUGUGCGACCACAGAGGGCGACGAGAGUAGAAAAAUAAAGUAGCACCAAAGUAGUUCUAAGUGCUUCGAAGCAUUCACGGAACAUUUUGUUAGUUGUUAUCUAAUUGUCUUUUUAUCAAAGAUGUUCAUGCCAUUUUUGUAUUUUUUACAAAAUGUGUUAUAAGUAUCGGGCCACUGCUGUUUAUAUGGCCUUUACUUGUUGUUUAUAUGUACCAUACUACCAUUAUUGUUUAAGUGUUUUUAUUUCCUGAGUCACCAUAUUUAACAUUGUGUUAUUGUAGCAACAUACAGAAUGUUAGUUGUAUACAGAAAGUACACAUUCUUCUAUACUAUAUUUUUCUUGUUUAAAUUCCUUAAUGCCUUCAAUUAAAGUGAGAAAAUAUCCUUUUUAAGUUUUUAUUGAUUAUAACUUUUAUAUAACUAUUACAAUUAUAAAUUGUAAGAUAUUUCUACUUACUUGUGAUGUUAAGUUAUCUUGUAUUUUAAUGCGGUAAGUGUACUGUAUUUACAGUACUGAGGUAUCCAUACUGGUGGAACGGUAAUUUAUUGUGCUAUUGUUAUUUAUAUUUUUGUCAGUUAGACAAAGUUAUGGAUUAGAGAAUUUAAUUGCUGUUUGUAAUGAGAUAUUUACAGUGAGAAGUUACUAAUUUUAAGCUUUAAGUAAUGUGAGGCUUUAAUUAUUUAUAUAUGGAAACGUUUAAAUUAUAUAAAUAAAUUUGUUCCUAAACUAUUGACAUUUUAUAAAUAAUUUACAGCAUAGAAAAUACAUGAUUGAAACUGAAAUAUGGAACACAACCGAUCAAACAUUUAUACUGAAUUUCCUCAAGUGUAUUAUCAACAAAUUCUGUACUGUCAAUAAUUAAUUGCAUAUUCCAUGUAAUCAGAAUUGCUAUACAUUUUCACAAAUCUACUGAGAUUUUUAUUUUUAUUUUCAAUACAUCGCAAUUUUAAAUUUAGCAAGAUUGUUUUUUAAAAGCAAUCAUUACAUAUAUUUAAUCUGCUUAUCGUACAAAUACCAAUUAUUCUGAUGACUCAGAGGUGAGGCCAUGUGUUACUGUUAACAGUUGUGAUGCUAUUAGUCUAGCUAGAGCCACGAGUCAUGCGCACUCUAUUGACAGUUCCAACGAUUUCGCUCGCAACAUUCUUGAGUCCUAACACAAAUGUUUCUUUAGUAUAGUUUUUGUUGUAAAUACCUGAAAUAUAUUUGUGUAGUUAUUUUGUAAGUGGCCUAGGUGCAGUAGACUAAGUUGCUUUAGAUGUGAUGAUGCUAAGUCGUGUGGCAAAUGUACUGACUGACAGCUUGGUCCAUCAGCUUGUAGUGUAUCAUGAUAACGUUAGCUUUGUAUCGUUACCGUUGUAAUAACUCAGGCUAGUAUAUUGUUUUUGUUUAAAUACCGGUUAAAACCAAUUAAAUAAUAACAACCCUCUUUUUAAAGGUAAUCACGUACUAGAGCUAUCUUCAAAAAUCAUUCCAAAAAAUCGUAUUUUUUAACAUGAGAAGAUUUAUUUGAUAAUUGUACACGCACUACGGAAAUUUAGAUUUUAUUGAAUACACAUUCUAAAAAUUACAAGUCUGAUUGUAUCUACCACAAUAGUAUGCAAUCUGUUGGAAAACAAUAAAAUAAUUGUUUUAUUGCUAUUGAUCCAGUGAUAAACUCUCACUCAACUACUUAUUAAAUUUGUGCUCAAAUAUUCACAAUAAGAUAUUUCAUUCUUGUAGUCUAUGCACUCCUUGUCAAGAGUAAAUAUACAUUACACUGAUAUUUGCCUUUAAUUAUGUGACAAGUAAAGUAAAACUAUUGUUAUUUAAGAGCAGUUUUAAAAUGUCAUCUGUAACAAGAUUAUUCUGUGUGACCGCUUAAAGCUGAUGUCAAAUGUUACCGUAUUGUUUUGAUUGUUUGAGCACUUAAGUUAUGUGUGUAAAUAUGUAUUAUGUGUUGUAAAAGUAUCGCUCUUGUUCUUUCUAAGUCGUCAAUCUUGAAGAUCAUAUUCAGUGAAUCAAAAGAUAAUCUUAUAAUUUACCUUAGCACGAGAAUUAAGUUAGUUUGUAAUAACAGUAUUCCAAUAUUACUGUAGUUUAGUUCUUUAAAUUUGUAUUUUUAAUAAUUAAAAUCAUCAGUCUGUACUUUUAAAUUCCUUUACUGCAUUGCUUUAUGCUAAAUGAAAUUAUUUUUUUAAAUAGUGUAUAUUGUUAAUUAAUUGGUUGUUCUAUUAUUUGAUCAGUUUUUUACUUAACAGUAUUUAUUAAAAUGACAUUUGUAUAUUAAAA